UGUUUAAACAGCGUCCCGCGGCAGCACGCACACUCACUGCAGCACCGUCCCGUCGCGGGAUGGAUGAAUCGGACGCGGCGCAUCAGCGGAACGGCCCCGCCGCGGGUGCGCGCAUGCAUGGGCUGUUUACGGACGCAGACACCGGGCGCCUCACAUACGCGCUGACUCUUUCGGACAGCUGCCUCACGGUCCAGAGGAUCAACUCCCUUUCAUCUUCGGAGCACCUGGACCUGCGCGACUGCCUGGGGAGCCGCGCGCACCGGGGCGAGCGCGAGGACCAGGACGCGUAUCUGUGCGUGUAUUUCUACCCGAACCGGCGCCGGUGGAUGGCUUCGGGUCCGGUUCGCCAGAGAGACGAGCGGCGCUUUCGGCUCGCGCUCAAUACGGAUGAAAACGAUGAGGACGCGAACCUGCGCGAGGCGGAACGGUGGGCGCGCGCCAUCAGACACAACACCGCACGCCGCCCGGAACACACGCACGGUGUGUUGUUCACUGAGGUCCGCCGACCAUGUGGUGUGAUGGUAUUUGUCAAUCCUCAGAGUGGGCGGGGCCAAGCGAUGGCUCUCUAUAACGGUCACAUUCAGCGGAUGCUCACAGAGGCGGAUAUACCACACACACUCUUCAUCACAGAGCGUCAGAAUCACGCGCGGGAUCUGGUGAAGAACGCUGACCUGACGCAGUGGGACGCUCUGGUCAUUCUGUCUGGAGACGGGCUGCUGUUUGAGGUGGUGAACGGUCUAAUGGAGAGGCCAGAUUGGGAAAAGGCCAUCCAGACUCCUCUGGGAAUCCUGCCUGGAGGUUCAGGAAAUGCACUGGCUGCUUCUGUCCAUCACUACACACGGGCGUCUCCGGUGUGGGGUGAAGAUCUGCUGACCAGCUGUGGCUUUGUGCUCUGUAAGGGUCUGGUCUCUAAACUGGACCUGAUAUCCAUCCGUCUGUCGUCCGGCGCUCGUAUCUUCUCCUUCCUGUCUCUGGCCUGGGGCUUCGUGGCCGACGUGGACAUCGAGAGCGAGCAGUUCCGUCAGAUCGGAGCGCUGCGCUUUAUUCUCAGCACACUGCUGCGCAUUGCCUCCUUACGGAUCUAUCAGGGAAAACUGGCGUUCCUGCCUGCUGAAAAUGAGCCCGAAUCUGGCUUUUCAACCACCGACAGCCGGCUGCCCGACCACCUGCUCGUCCCGCUGGAGCAGCCCGUCCCGCAGGACUGGACGCUGGUGGAGGAGCGGGAGUUUGUCCUGGUGCUCGCCAUGUUCCAGUCACACCUGGGCGAGGAUCUGCUGGCGGCGCCGGACGCCCGCACCGACGACGGGAUCAUUCAUCUGUUUUACGUGACGGCCGGAAUCUCUCGCGCCACGCUGCUGUGGCUCUUCCGGGCUAUGCAGAGUGGGACGCACCUGGAUUGCGGUUGCGCGCAUCUGGUGUACCGGCGCGCAAAAGCGCUGCGGCUGGAGCCGCUGAGCGAGGCCGGCGUGAUGACGGUGGACGGAGAGCGUGUGGACUACGGGCCCAUUCAGGCGCAGGUGCACAGAGGAGCGGCCCGCCUCAUCUCCGCAUGAACCACAAACAACUGUUUAAAACGGGAGAUUCUUUACCUGAACGCACUACAGAACCGCACAAUCCUGAUUGGCUGCCGUUAAACUUGAAUUUAAUGUUCGUUCGUUUGUUUUUAUUAAAGAAUUGUAACUUUGAGUGAAUCUCACGAAACCUGUCCAGGUCAUAUUUCACCCCAAAAAACAGAAGGAAAAAAAUAGGAAAUCAUAUUUUGCAUUAAGAAAACAGUGUUGUUUUAACAUUGCAACACUAUUUUCACGACAGUUAAACGUAUUAAAUCCCACAUUUUUAUUGCAAACUGUGAAAAUGCAAAGCAUAUUCACCUCAUCUCCUUAUGCAAAAAAUGUGCAAAACAUAUCUGAUCAAAAAUUGUUUUUACUGCAAAUUAUUAUUAUUAUUUUUAUUUUAAAUCUACAAAAUAAAUGUCACUUUCUUUAUGCAAAACAUGAUUUCUCAUUGGUUUCCGCUGGUUUUGGGGUGAAUUUGGUGCAUCAUCUCAGAUGCUUGUGCAUCUGGAAACAUGUUCAAGUUGCAUUUUACCCAAAAAACAAAUGGGGAAAAAGCAAUUUUAUUUUGCAUUAAGAAAAUGGGCUGUUUUUACAUUGUAACAUAAUUUUCAUGACUGAAACAUAUUUUUUAACUGAAUUAACCAUUUUUUGAAAAUUGAAAAAUAGCACAAUGAAAGACAUGAAUAUCCAACCACAAAAUAUGCUACAUUUUCUUUAUGCAAUAAACAAGUAAUUACUUGAAAUAUGUCACAUUCCACCCUAAAAUGUAAUUAAUUAAGAAAUGACAUUUUUGCACAAAAUCUGACGGUUUUUACAUUGACCGUUAAAAUGGACUGUUUUUACUUUUUUUCUAAACAUAAUUUCUUAUUUAUUUUCUGUGACUUUUGGAGUGAAAUGUUAGCUUACAGGUUUCAUGAGAUUCAUCAUCUUGGAUGCUUGUGCAUCUGAACACAUGGCCAGGCCAUUUCACCUCAGAAAUCAAAAGGAAAAAAUAAGAAUUUAUAUUUUGCAUUAAGAAAAUUGGAUGUUUUUACAUUGUAACAUUACUUUCAUAACAAAUUCCAAAUAAUAAUUGCAAACAUUCCAAAAGCAAAGCUUCCUCACUUAAUAUAAGUUUUGUCUUCUUUAUGCAAAACACAGUUUUUAUUUCUUUCCUGUGAACUGUGGAAAGUGUGAAAACUGUGGAAACUGUUUUGGGGUGAACUGUGAGAACUUGUAUAUUUCGGGGUGAGGUUGUUGGGUUUGGUGGUGUCAUGGUCUCUGAUGCACAGGCAUCUGUAUUAUGCUGGAGUUUAUGCUGCUGCGAUGUACCAAUCUUGAUUUUCAGAAGUGCCAAUGUUGAAAAUAUAUGAUAUAGUUGUUCAUCUUUAUUUUUCUAUGGGAUAAAUCCAAAUGUGUUACGUUUAUUAUUAUUUAAGAGCAGUUUGACUGUCAGAAGAUGUUUGUGUUUAUGAUGAAGCCUCACCAGCCGCCUGCACCAAUAUCAUCAUCUCAAUAUCAUCUCCAUCAGUGUCUAAAGGUUUUGCGACGCCUGCCGUAAAUGAGCCGUUAUAUAAAAUAUAGAUACUAAAAUAAAAAACAUAUAUAUAUAUAUAUAUAUUUCCUUCUAGCCAUGAAACUGUUCUGCUGUUAUUAGCUAUUAUUAGCUAUUUCUCCAGAAAAAUGUACCAAACAUGCUGCCUUCAGAUCCUACUGGGAAAUUACAGUUUUUCAUCAACGGCAAAACAAAAUAACUGCUAAAUACUUUGUAUUGUUGAUAUUGUAACACCCAGUCGCUCAGUGUCCUGUCAGUGGAAACCUUUUUUGUUUUUCAUGAAAGUGAAACCAGUAAUUACAGGGGAAAAAGUUUUCUUUGGUGGUAAAUUUUCAAGCUGUUAAAAGACAAGAUCUAUUAAAAGACAAGCUAUUUUAACUUAAUUAAUAACAAAACAACAAGAAAAUAAGCAGAUGCUUAUAAAGAGCUAAAUAUAUGUGUUGCUUAUUGACAGUUCGCUUAUAUAAGCGUUAACUUUAAGUUCAUUUCCAUAGUUUGACCAUCUUUUAAAAUCAAACUAAUCUGUGAAUUUUCCAAACAAGAUGGAAUACUUAGAGACUUAAACAAUCACAGAAUUCAUUAAAUCCAUUGAUAACACUGAUGUCUAUGCUGCCAUUUUCUCCUCUGAGACGGUGUCACUUCCUGGGUGAUGUCAUUAGUGAAAGGUUAAAGGUUAAAACAUAUAUUAAAUAAACAUCCACCCAUAACCAAAGCUGUUUGCUUCAUUUUGACCUAAAAUGAUGUCUAUGUUUUUAAAAUUUUAAAUUUAAUGUCAUUUUCAUCUAGCACUGAGGUUCUGAGUUUUAAAACAACCAAUAUUCAGGUUCAAGUAUAAUAGCACAGUAUCCUAGAUGUAACAUAGCUCAAAGUUCUAAAAUAUCUAUAUGGAUUUUUCAAAAACCAGUUCUUUUAAGUUUACAUUUUGUUCCUGUUGAACGUUUUGUUACAGCCUUGUAUGGACUAGCCAGAUGCACUGAAGGUGACUGAAAGGUUUAAAGCCAUAUAGAUGAUCAACACGUGUUAAACAUUGAUUUGUGUAUGGAUGACGCUCUUUGGAGGACGAUGAAUGAAUGAGUUUGAAGAGUGGACCAAGUUUACGAGUUAUUGAAUCUGGUUUGAAAUAAUGUAAACUCUCCAUGUUGUUUCUGACGGUGAAGGAAUUAUUAUAUCUGUUUGUGUAAAGAUUUUGAGACAUUUGAUUUUUGCACAGUACUGUACAUGACCAGAGGGGAUUCUGUGGUGAGCAGGAACAAUCUGAAUAAAAGUGCUUUGAUUUAAAAAUGUGCAUAUGAUUGCAACUGUACUGUGAUAGUUAAAUAGCAUUCUCUAUACUUGAGAUAUAAAUAUAGAAGUAUGUUUAUAUUUUUCCAAAGUCAUACAUUUGUAUGAAAAAAUA